AGAGACUGAAAGAGCUUCUACUUUCAAGUUCUCAAUCUCAAUUUGAUCGAUCGCUGUGCAACGCGCUCUGGAGGGAAUGGGUUCCAAAGAGGCAGCGGAAGCGUCAAAAUCUGCGCAGGACUGCACAGGUAGCAAUGAGACGGAACGCAGCAAAGUGGGUCUCAUGAGAUCCUUCGUUGAAAAACAAGACCCCUCUGCUAAGGAGGAGGAUGAUCUGAUGAUCCGAAGGUUUCUGCGUGCUCGUGAUCUAGAUAUUGACAAGGCCUCUGCUUUAUUCCUCAAGUAUCUAAAAUGGAGACGUUCAUUUCUCCCUAAUGGUUCCAUUUCUGAAUCAGAAAUCCAAAACCAUCUUUCCCAGAACAAGCUGUUCCUGCAAGGAUUGGAUAAGAAGGGGAGACCCAUAUUAAUCGUUCUUGCUGCCAGACAUUUUCCGAUUAAAGGGGGCACAGAUGAAUUAAAGCGUUAUGUAGUUUAUUCUUUCGACAGAAUAUGUUCAAGGAUGCCACAAGGACAAGAAAGGUUUGUUGCUAUCUCAGACCUUAAAGGAUGGGGAUAUGCAAACUCUGACAUACGUGGAUAUUUAGCAGUUUUAUCAAUAUUGCAGGAUUGUUAUCCAGAAAGGCUUGGCAAGUUGUUUCUAAUCCAUGUGCCGUACCUAUUUAUGAAAGUAUGGAAGAUCAUUUACCCAUUUAUUGACAAGAACACAAGGGAUAAGAUAGUAUUUGUGGACGACAAGAAGCUGAUGUCAACUCUAGUUGAUGACAUAAAUGAGAGCCAGCUACCAGAGAUGUAUGGAGGUAAAUUGGCUUUAGUUCCUAUUCAAGACGGCUAAUUAGAUAGUUCAUCCUGUACGUGAUGUCUCUCUUCCAAUCAACUUUUAAUUUGUCGAGUCAACUUGAGA